AAGUGUAAUUCUUAACUAAAAUUUGGUCGACUGGGUUAGAAAAGGCACGCUGUUGAGAAGUGGGAUGCUAUCUUUGUCACUUGCUGUUGUUUACGUUAUGCAUGCAAGUACGUCUUUAUAAUUUGCCUGUUUUCUGGUGUUUUCUCUUCAUUGGAAUUUAAAAUGGUUAAACAUUGCUGUGCCUAUGGUUGCAGCAAUGAAUGGAAUCCAAAUUUGAAUAUUCCAUUCCAUACAUUUCCUCUAAAACGGCCUGAGAUAUUACGAUUAUGGGUUCAAGCAGUUCGGUUAGUAGGGUUUAAACCAACUGCAACAACUGUAAUUUGUGGAAAACAUUUUACCCCAGAUUCAUACCUGGAAUCCGCAUUAAAUAAAAAUUUGUUAAAAAAAGAUGCAGUCCCUUCGAUUUUUAACUUCCCAAGACAUUUGAUGAAAACCAUGACAGCGAGAAGAGAAAUUAUUCGACACGUAAAUAAGGAUUGCAGUAGUGACUGCACUAUGGACGUUGACGAAUUCCUUAAUACAAAUGACAAAAAUACGCAAACAUCUCCCAGAAAAUUAAAGAGAUCCCUAGUAGAACAGCGAAUGUCUCGCAAAAUAAAAAUUUUGCAACAGAGGCUAAGAAGACGGGAGAGUAGCAUUAAAAAUAUGAAAGAUUUAAUUAAUCUCUUACGAAGCAACAAGAAAUCUGAUGGAGAUUUGGAAGACACCCUUUCGAGAAACUUCAGCAAUUUUGCAUUGGAAUUGUUCAAAUGUGAAGCUGGUAACAAAAAAGUGGCCCCUACACAACGUAGAUAUACCGAAGAAAUGAAAGCAUUUGCUUUAACUCUUUAUUUCUAUUCUCCUAAAGCGUAUCAAUUUGUUAGGAGCAAAAUUUUUUUACCUCAUUGUUCAGUAAUGAGAAAGUGGCUGUCUUCUCGAAAUUGUGAAGUCGGUUUAUUAUCAGAAGUUUUUGAAUUUUUGGCUAGAGAAGCCCAGCAUAAAAGUAGUAAUAUAUAG